UGCUUUUCAUUUUACAGCCCCUAAGGGAUCCAGGACUAGAAGGGCCAACGUCUCCCUCAUCUCGGGGUCAGUGUUCUCCAUCUGCAUCACUCCGUGGCACCAGUACAGAUGAGUGAUGAGGGAGUGAUUUAUUCAACCGUGAGAUUUCUGCAGUCUCCUUCAGAGUCACGGAGUGGACAAAGGCCUGAUGUUACUCCGAGACCUGGGAAGACUGGCGACAAAGUGUUUUCAGUGUCCUGGCAUCUCAUUGCAGUGAGUCUUGGGAUCCUCUGUUUACUUCUGUUGAUGAUAGUCAUAGUGUUGGUGACAAAGAUGUUUCAGUGCAUUCAAGAAAGACAUCAGCAGGAAAUUCUAAGAGACCUUAGUCAAAAUGACAACUAUUUAAAGGAGCAACUUUUGACAAAUAAGACUUUAGAAUAUGACAUUUUAAAAAAUGAAAGCCUCCAGAAGAAAAAGGAACUGGACUCACUCUUUCUAAAAAAGAACAUAUGUCAUACAAAAAAUGAGAUCUUUUCAAAAUCUUUGGAAAAUACAGGCAAACGUUAUGAAGGCCACUGGUCCUGUUGUGGAUUAAGCUGUUAUUAUUUUACCAUGGAAAAUAAACACUGGAAGGGAUGUAAACAGACUUGCCGAAGUUACAGAUCAUCCCUUUUGAAGAUAGAUGAUGAAGAUGAACUGGCCUUCGUUCAACUCCAGACUUAUAAAAAUUAUUACUGGAUUGGAUUAUCAUAUGAUGAGAGGGAAAAUAAAUGGAAAUGGCUUGAGAGUGGCUCAUCUCCUGGACUUAAUUUUGCAAUAAUGAAUUUGCCUUCUGGGAGAGGACAAUGUGCAUUUUUAUCCUCAACAAGAAUAGCAGUUAUUGAUUGCUUUCAAACUUACAACUGUAUCUGUGAAAAGAGAAUUGACUGUAUUUUCUCUGCUUCAGCGUGCACUGAGAAGAAAAGGACUUAGUCCAUUGUUGAAGCAGAUGAAGAUGAGCUGGAAGAGAAAGGAAAUGUUCUUUUGGGCUAUCCCUUAGAGAUCAGAUGUCAUCUUUCAUCCUGAGAAGAGGGGAAGAUUUUGUCUUUGGAGAGCAGUUGCCCCUUUUUUAAUGGCCCUGAGGAAUUAUUCAUUCUUUCUGUUUCCCUCAGUCACCUACAGAACCAGUUAGAGAACUCAUAAAUAGUCGGAGUCUUUUCCUUAUCAAUAGGAUAAAUUGUCUCAAUAUCUUCUGGCUUUGAUAGAUAGCACAAUUAAGAACUAGAAUAUAGGUUUUCUUUCUUCUCAUUUAGAAGCUUAUCUCAUUUUUUUUUU